AUGAAGUGCGAUGACAUCCUUGUCCUCGCUGUUCCAGGUGGGGCCGCUUUGGUCCUCUUCUUCCCCAUUCCCGCCGCCCUCCUCUCCCUCACCUUCGCCAUCCUCAUUCUCGCCGGGCUCGCCCUCAUCUCCUUCGCCUUCGCCAGGCUCGUUCUCCCGGGGCUCGCCCGAAUCUUCGCCAAAAACGCCCUCCUCGAAGAUACGCAAUUGAGUAAAGUCCUCCUCUUCCAAGUGGUCUAUCGGACUCAGUGUACUCUAGCAUACUCCACGUUGGUAACGUCGAUAGCGUCGCCCGAUUCCACUCUGUCAAGAUGGCUGUUGACAAAUCUGGCGAUACGACCCCAUAAAUAUGUUUCCAAUUGCAAGUUGGGAUUGUUCGGCAUUGCUCCCAUUUGGAGAUGUAAGAAACUAACCAUGGUCCUCAAAGCACUGCUGAGCUCUUCAAGACAAUCAGUGUGCAGUUUUUACGUUGAAUCAAUCCUCCCCUUCCCCUUGAUGCCAGGGAAGGCCUAA